CAUUAGGACGCUGGGACUGAGGAAGCCGCUGCUUUUCCAGUGGGAUAAAACCCGAUCUUCCUAACUCAAGGUGCUUUACAGAUCCCCACCGAUCUGACCCUAAGCCGUGCAAUAUCCAGCAUAGACUUCGUCUUCUUCUUCUUCUACUCUUCUAUAUUUUUUCGUUGUUGUUGUUGUUGUUUUGGUUUGGUUUUAUUGCACUACAUGUUUGGGAAACAAGACAAAAUGGACGUUAGAUGCAGUUCAGAGACUGAAGCUAACCGGGUCUCGAAGAACGGACAUAAAGAGGGCAAAGAAAGCAAAGGGUCUGAAGGAAAUAUUUCUACUUCUUUUUUGAAGGAUCAGCAAGGGACUUUUUCUGCCUCUGCAGCUACGGAAGACUGUAAUAAAAGUAAAUCUAGUUCGGCUGACCCGGACUAUUGCAGGAGGAUCCUAGUCAGAGAUGCCAAAGGUUCAAUCAGAGAGAUUAUUCUGCCUAAGGGGCUUGAUCUGGACCGUCCCAAGCGGACCCGCACCUCCUUCACGGCCGAGCAGCUCUACCGCCUGGAGAUGGAGUUCCAGCGCUGCCAGUACGUCGUGGGGCGGGAGCGCACCGAACUCGCCCGCCAGCUCAAUCUCUCCGAGACUCAGGUCAAGGUCUGGUUCCAGAACCGGCGCACGAAGCAGAAAAAGGACCAGGGCAAGGACUCCGAGCUGCGGUCGGUGGUGUCCGAGACCGCCGCCACCUGCAGCGUCCUGCGCCUGCUGGAGCAAGGCCGGCUGCUCUCCCCGCCGGGGCUGCCCGGCCUCCUGCCGCCCUGCGCCACCGGCGCCCUGGGCUCGGCGCUGCGCGGACCCGGCCUGACGGCGGGCAGCGGCACCGCGGCGGCGGCGGCGGCUCCCGGCGGCGGCUCCCCGCACCCGCCGGCCGCCAGCAGCGCGGCCGGGCCUCCCCCGCCGGCAGCGCUGCACGGAGCGGCCGCCGCCGGGCACGGGCUGUUCGGGCUGCCGGUGCCCGCGCUGCUGGGCUCGGUGGCCGGGCGGCUGUCCUCCGCGCCCCUGGCCGUGGCCGGCUCGCUGGCGGGCAACUUGCAGGAACUGUCGGCCCGCUACCUGAGCUCGUCCGCCUUCGAGCCCUACUCCCGGACCAACAAUAAAGAAAGCGCUGAGAAAAAAGCACUGGACUGACUCUAAGUAACUUCCCCGUAUUUAUAUUUAUAGUCUCUAUUUGUGGCGGUAUUUAUGGGACGGGCGGCGCGGCGGCCUGCCGCAGCCCCCUCCCUCGCCGCCGCCUGCGAGUCCCGCGGCGCGGCUCCUCCGCGGGCCGGGGCGGAGCGGAGAGGGGCCCGGGGCGGAGCGGGGCCCGGCGCCCGCGGGGCAAGGCCAGGCGGCGGCCGGGGCCGGGGCGCGGCGAGGGGCUGCGGGCGCCUCCCCGGAGCCGGGCGGGAGCGGGGCAACCCCCGCAGCUCUCCCUGCCCCGCCGGCCCGGGGGUCUGUCUAUCCGUUCGGGGGAGGGGGGGUGUUUGUCUGUCUGUUCGUUUGCUUUGACGCCGCUAGGAAAGGGACGGAGAGGGCGAGCGGCCGGGGUGCGGUGUGGCCGGGCUCUUUCUGAGCGGCUUUAGCCAACGCCGAGCGAGGGAGAAGGAUUCCGGGGAGGAGGAUGGAGCUGCCAGGUGAUGCCCGGCCGCCCCCGUCCCCACCCCGCCCCAGACUUCAGUGACUGCCAAGCACAAGGGUCUGGGGGAUCCACCUGUGCCCCCCGCUCGUCCCGCACGCCCCGCACGCAGCCCCCGGAGCGCCCUGCCGCUCGCCCCCAACACCAGCCAGGGAAACACACAGCGACUUCGCUUUUUCACCUUAAACCCCGCAUGUGGGAAGGGCCGGAACGGACUGCCUUGGAGAUACACGG